GGAUACCGCUGCUCAGAAUCCAGCGCGGACUCAAAGCUGUGCUUAACCGUUCUCAGCAGCUCCGGCGCCAGGGAACAGCGGCUGUCACAGCCGCGGAACGGACACGGUAUAUUCGUGUGCAUUGCCAUGACUGCUGAUGCAGGCCAGGAUUCAGAACGCAAACAGAAUCAAAGUCAGAACCAGCAGCUCCAUCCAGCUCCAGCACUUCCUUCACCCAGAACACCAGACGUGCCUUUCAUAGGUGGACACACCAGCCCAACCACUCAGCACCAGCAAAGUGGAGAAGAGGACUUCAUAUCCCAGACGUCUUUGAGCAGGAGGCUUUCCAGGACCUCUCUUGGCAACACCCACAGGCUGAAGAACAUGCAGUGCAGGAUCACCCUGUUAGACGGCUCCGACUACACCUGCACAGUCGAGAAGAAAGCCAAAGGGCAAGUCCUUUUUGAUAAAGUAUGUGACCAUCUCAAUCUCCUAGAGAAGGACUACUUUGGCCUCACUUACCGUGAUGCAGAAAACCAGAAGAACUGGUUGGACUCUGCCAAAGAACUGAAGAAGCAAAUUAGAACUGGCCCCUGGAACUUUGGCUUUAAUGUGAAGUUCUAUCCUCCUGACCCAGCACAACUCUGUGAGGAUAUCACCAGGUACUACCUUUGUUUGCAGCUGAGAGAUGAUGUUGUGUCUGGCCGCUUACCAUGCUCUUUUGCUACUCACUCUCUGCUGGGGUCCUACAUUGCUCAGUCUGAGAUCGGUGACUGUGACCCAGAGGAGCUGGGCAGUGACUACGUCAGUGACCUCCGCUUCGCCCCCAACCAGACCAGAGAACUGGAGGAGAAGGUCAUGGACCUGCAUCGCAGCUACAAAGGAAUGACUCCUGCUGAAGCUGAGAUGCUGUUCUUGGAAAACGCUAAGAAGCUCUCCAUGUAUGGUGUAGACCUGCAUCAUGCCAAGUUGGUAGGGAGGCUCUUUGAGUGCUUAGCAGCAGCUAAGGAAGAGGAUUCAGAGGGUGUGGAGAUUAUGCUGGGUGUGUGCGCCAGUGGCCUCCUGAUUUACAGAGACCGGCUGCGCAUCAAUCGCUUUGCCUGGCCCAAAAUCCUUAAAAUCUCCUACAAAAGGAACAACUUCUACAUCAAGAUCCGCCCUGGGGAGUUUGAGCAGUUUGACAGCACAAUUGGUUUUAAACUUCCAAAUCACAAAGCAGCAAAGAGGCUGUGGAAAGUUUGCGUGGAACAUCAUACCUUUUUCAGGCUAGUGUCUCCUGAAGCUCCUCCUAAGAAGGUACUGUCUUUGGGCUCUAAGUUCCGCUAUAGUGGGCGUACACAGGCACAAACACGCCAGGCCAGCUGCCAGAUCUCCCGACCUGCACCCCAGUUCCAGCGCUCUUCCAGCAAACGGCACACCACCUCCCGCAGUCUGGACGGAGCACCAGCCAUGGCCAACAAUGACAACCUGAUGAAGGACUCCAAGCCCACGGGUACUCACAUCACCACGAUAACACCAGAGAAAAAGAUUGAGGAAGAAGUGGCUGUAGAGGAAGAAACAACUACUACUGCAGAAACAUCUGAACCUGCCGCUUCCACUCCUGUUGUGAAGCGCCAGCCCUGUCUGGGCUCAGAGCUGUCCCUUCCAUCUUCUCCAGUCUCCUCCACCAAGGUGCGUCGGAGGCGCAGGGGGAGCAGCCGCAAGCGGGCGUCCUCAGUCAGUCCAGUCAAAAGCGCAGCAGGCCUCGAGCAGCAGAGGCAGGCACGGGCUGACCGUGCCGCUGCCCUGCUAGAGGAGCGUGCCCUUCUUCUAUCUGCCCGAAAGCAGAGACUGGAUCAGAACCAUCGUCCCAGAGGAGGCACACUCUUCUCCUUCUCCCUGCACCUGCCCGACAUGUCCUCACUGCUGGACGACGACGGUUAUCUGAGCUUCCCUGACCUAUCUGAGCUCAACUUCCUGCCCGAGAGCCUCCAACACUUCCUGCCCAUCAAGUCUCCAUCACUUGUACCCUGUUUCCUCUUCAUCUUCUUUUUCCUCCUGUCCACUUCCUUUUCCGUGCCCUACUCGCUCACACUCUCCUUUCCUCUGGCGCUCUGCCUCUGCUACCUGGAGCCCAAAGCGGCAUCACUCGGCGCCUCACUCACCCAAACAUUCCAGGACAGCUCGGACGAUGAGACAGACAGUGAGCAGACUGACUUUGGCUGUGAUGGCGAGUCAACAGCAACCGAGUCCGAGCCAGAGGAUUCGGACAUGACAACACAGACUGCAGAAGAUGUCAAGGCAGAACCUCCUCAGGACAUUUCAGAAGAAAAGCCUGAGCUGCUGGAGGCCAGCAAAACUGAGGUUUCAGAACAGAACAUGCAUAUCAUCUGUAACAUGACGAAGGUAGGAAAUGCUCCUUGUGAUCUAGAAGCUAUGAAUGAAACCACCAAACUUGCUCCCCUGAUGGAAGUCAACAGCGCAGCAACUGAGACUGACUCCGUGACGGUAUCAAACCAUUAUCACAAGCUAUGUGAUAAUCCUGUUUUGGAGAAGGCCUGUAGCGUUUUGUCUGGAGAAGCGAAUGCAGAUAACACUAGCGAAGCUCUCAACAUUACCAUGCAAGAGUCUAACUUUUUUGAAGACAAAUUGAACUGUAUGGUAGUGAAAAUCAACAUGCCAGACUCUGGGAUUGCUAAGGUAAUGUCUGCAACCACCAGACCUCAACAGAAGAUAGCAGAACAAAGAGAGACUUUAACCUCAUCAAUACAGAAAAUGACUGAUUCCAAUAAAGAUGAAGCAGCGUUCGAAGGAAUCAUUGAACAUGUUGAUUACAGUGUGAAGACCCUCCUUAUAUUAAAUCCUGAGAAGACUGUGGUCCAAACUGCCGCUCCACAGAAGCCUAUGCUUCGAGGUGUUGAAUGGAAUAUGCCCCACUUGGAGAUGGCUUGCAGAAACCAGCUACAAUCCAGAAGAGUCUCAGUUCACUACAUCACCAAGACCUCUCCAACCUUCAGAGUGGUGUCUAAAAUGGCCUACAUUUCAGAAUUUCCUCAGCAGUGUGUAGAAGUCUUACCCGAGAAAGACACCAGAUCAGUGAAAUACACAUUCUCUUAUCUGCUUCAGAGUGCAGGUGACCAGCAAGAGGACACUCCAAUUGUAGAGGAGGUUCUGGAGGGGGAGGAAGCAGAGGAGACUGAUAAGAAGGAACCACUGACUGAUGAGGCACAAGAGGAGAAGUCACUUCCUUGUACAGUUCAGAAAGAGAAGUCACCUCCUUAUGAACCUGAGGAGAGGUCAGCAUCAGCUCCUUGUGAGACUCAAGAGAAGUCACCUCAUUGUGACACUGAAAAGAAGUCGUUAGCUCCUAAUGAGACUCAGGAGGAGACGUCAGCUCCUAAUGAGGCUGAUGAGGAAAAGUCACCUCUUUAUGAAGCUCAGGAGAUGACGUCACCUCUUUAUGAUUCUGAGGAGGACAAGCCACAUUAUGAGGCUGAGGGGGAGUCAUCAACUCUGUAUGAGACUCAAGAGCAGACAUCAUUUACUUGUGAAGUAGAGGAGGAGAAUUCACCUCCAUAUGAGCCUCAAGAAGAGUUGUCUGCAACGACUUUGAAUAUACGGACACCAGCGGAUGCUAUAAAUGAAGACAGUAGUGGUGGACAGAUUGCCUCACCAGCUUCUCUGUGCUUGACUGAAGAGAAAGAGUCACCUGUUAAUGGGCUACAACAAGCAAAAGAGGAAAUCCAGCUGUCAGAAUUGGGAAAUUGUGCUGCUAUAGUGCAGUCAGCACCGUGGUGUACAGAAAGUUACACUGCUGAGCAAGUUCCACAGGAUGUUGUAUGCUUUGUAAUGGCAGAACAGUUGCCACUUGACACCCAGUUUAGAAACUGUGCACAAGUGGAGGCGCAAGAGGAAGUGGGAGAGCAGACCAUAGCAUCUGAAAGCAUGCCCUCAGCAUUAGUCACUGAGAGCGCUGUAGACUGGACACAUACUGAAAAGGAAACCCUAACACCAAGUUUGACUGAGGAAUGCAGAGACCAAGAGAUUAGUGAAAGUGCUGCAAUGGUGCCCUCUUCUGGUGAAACUCAGAUGUACAUGGUUGAGGUGGCUCUUCUGCAAGCUAUUCCUGGGUUGGCUGAUGUUGCUCCUUUGCUUUCUGCUUAUAAUCUUAUAGAAGAGGAGGGUGACGUUUUGGAUCAAACCACCAUUGAAAAUAAAGCAGAAAAGAUUGAAGAACAAGCAGAAGGAGAAAGGAAAUUGUCUGAGAUUGGCUCAAUGAAGGAAGCAGAAGGUGCUGUGCAGAUGGAGGCUUUUGUGUCAUCUAGAGACAUGGACACUUUGGAACCCCCUGCUGCCCAGCUCUCUGAUCAAGUGGAGAAGAUUCCAAAGGAAAUGCAAGAAAGGACAACACAUGUAAAAGAGGAUAGCAAUGAGAGAGAAGAGUCCUAUCUUGAGGAAUGUGUGGAACAGGUAUAUGAGAACCCAUUGACUCCCAAUAUUGAUGAAGGGCACGUCUUUCCUGAGAACAGUCAGGAAUAUGAAGAAGAGAAAGAACAGACAGCAAGUUCUGGAAGCUCUACCCCAAUCAGGAAGUCAGUCUGUGAAGAUGAUGAGAGCUUUGUUUAUGAAGAGGGAGAGAAUUCAUGGGAGAUUAGCAUUGAUUAUGCUACCUCAGCCAUUGAAGAGCAAGAACAAGCAAAUGUAAAUACGCAUGAUGAAAGUUACUCGUCAAGAUUGGGGAACUGUUCCGCUUCAGUGCAGUUUGUGCAAGUUCAAGAGCCUAUAAUAGAAGAACAGUUGCCACUGGAGAUUCAAAUAGAAGAGGACAGUGCAGAAGGGUUUGGAAACUUCACAUCUCCAGAGACAUGUAAACUAGCUUGUACAAACAAAGAGGGUGAAGAUAAUGAUUCAGAACGUAAAGAGAACAAUGAUAAGGAAGGGGAAGUGGUUCCACAAAAAAUAGAGAAGAGGAAGGAGGAAAUGAACACAUUUAGCGAAGCUGUCAUACCUUUUCUGGAGGAGUCUGAGGAGCCAGUGCAGGCAGUGAUGACAACAGAAGUGCCUGUAGUUCACACUGAGACCAAGACCAUCACUUAUGAAUCUGCUGAGGUGGAUGCCAAUGGUGACACAGACCCUGGAGUUCUGAUGAGUGCACAAACCAUCACCUCUGAGAAUAACAGCACCACGACUACCACACACAUCACAAAGACGGUGAAGGGAGGCAUCUCAGAGACGAGGAUUGAGAAGAGGAUUGUCAUCACUGGAGAUGCAAACAUUGAUCAUGACCAGGCUCUGGCUCAGGCUAUAAAAGAGGCUAAAGAGCAGCACCCAGACAUGUCGGUCACCAAGGUAGUGGUUCAUAAAGAGUCGGAGAUCUCACUUGGUGAAGGUGGCCAGUGAUACAGGAGUAAGGGCCAGUCUAACUGAGGACAGUGCCAUUUUCCCCAUCCCAUGGACAUCUGACUCCCGCCACCUCUGAGUCAUGACUUUUGAUCUCAGACACAGAAUGCACUCCUCAUGUGCCGGGACAGUGGAUAAGCAACCGUUAAAACCCACUCUGCACAUCAGCUCGGUACCCUUCAGUGUCCUCUCAAAACGCACAGUGCCAUCAGCAUGAUGAAGACACCAGCUCUGCUUUUUGAUGGAAUGAUGGAACUUCACAGCUAACAGCAAUAAUAUCGAGAGGCCAUAAACUCAUCCAGCACUCAAAAACACCAGAAUGGGAGAAAUUGUCUCAGAAACUUGAUUUGUUCGACUGCCUUAAUCAGAGAUUUUUAAUCAGAAAGUGUUUAAUUUAUGCAACUUCAAUUUAUUUAUAGUCCAGCACUCCAAUCUGAGAACUGAGGACUUCAUUUGAAAAUAUAUGAGGUAAAAUGAGGUAUGCAAAAACGGACUGAAUCACCGUGCCAACUGCGUUGCAAGGCUAAAAUCCUCUCGCUCUAGUAUUCCAGGAUUUUCUCCAGCGAGAGCCCGUUUUACUAACACACAAGUCUAGGGAUUUUCUGUGGAGGAAUGUGACAGUUGAGUUUAGUCCCAUGACUAGGUUUAAUCUGUAUGUGGAAAACCAACCCAAAGUCUACAGAUACUGAGUCUUUGUACAUACAAUAUAUAUAUAUGCUUGUUGGCUGAAACAGCAUUAAUUCUCUCUAUGGAAAUGUUUCUACUUGCAUCAUAAAAGUGAUUGUUUUACAUUUUAUUUAUCCUGUUCACCAAAUACAAAACAGCAAAAAAAGUACUAGAGAGAAAAACUAUGCCACUAUUUGAAGGGCUGCUUCUAGUUUAUUUCGUGACCCAAAAAUAUGGAUUCGUGUUUUUGUCUGUUUUUUUUUUUUUAUCACUCUCACUCCUCACCCCAAGACCUCCAAAACCCCAACCUCCCACCCUCGCUCCCACCCUCACAGUUGUGAUGUGGGAGUGGACUGACUGGGGUUCACUGGGGCUGUUUGACCUUGAGCCUGCCAUUCAGAAGUUCCAAUCCAGUAGGUUCAUUUAUCCUGAACACACAGCCUCAGUUAUACAAAAACUACACAACAAUGUGAUUUUUUUUGUUGUUGUUUUAUUUUUGAAUAAAAUAUUAUUGAAAUCAAUCAA